CCCAUCUGCCUCUCCAUGGCGUCUCACCAGCAAACCCGGAUCCAGGCUUACCUGGAGAAGAACAAGAUCGGCCCGCUGUUUGAGGAAUUAAUGACCAAGUUAAUAACUGAGACACCUGACCAGCCCAUCCCAUUUCUCAUUGACCAUCUUCAGUCUAAGCAAGGACACCGAGGACAAUUGCAAAGAACUUUGUCUGGAUCUGCAGCUCUCUGGGCAGAAAGUGAGACAUCAGAACCUAAGGGAACAAGAAGAGAUAUCAGGAGCUACGAUAAACCUUGGCAACUAAAUGCAAAGAAGCCUAAAAAAUCAAAAAGUGACCUCGCUGUGUCUAAUAUUUCACCACCAUCACCAGACUCCAAAUCAUUGCCAAGGUCAGUAGAGCAUCAUAAGUGGAACUUGCGGACUAAACCAGUAAGCCGUGAUUUUGAUGAAUUGAACCACAUCCUUCAAGAGAGCAAGAAGCUGGGGAAAGCCCUUGAGAAUCUCUCUAGAAGUAUUGCAAUUUCAGAUGAACUUGAUAAGGAAACAAUUGCUUUUAAUUCUUCUCUUCUGAGGCCCCGUGUGAUUGGAGAAUGGAUUGGUAGAGAAGACAAUGAUGCUGAUCCUCUUGCAGCUGAAAUGCUACAGCCUCCAAUUCCAAGAAGUAAAAAUGACCAAUGGGAAAGUGAAGACAGUGGCUCUAGCCCUGCAGGAAGUUUAAAGAUGGAACCUAAAACUAAAGGAUUAAAACAGCAGCAACAGCAGCAUAAGAAACUUCUGGCAGCAAUGCUUUCUCAAGAUUCUUUUGAGUCCCUCCACAGCCCCACUCCAUCUGUAACAGAAGAAGAUAUUGAUAAUGAAGAUGAUGCAAUGGAAUUGCUGGAGGAUCUCGAUGAUUUAAGAAUGGAGGGAGUAACAACUCUGGUGCCUUCUGGGAGCAAAUUUAACCCCGGCCGUCCUACUCAUGCUGCUGAACCUCAGGCCAAGGUCACAUUGAACAUCUGUUCAAGGCUUCAGGGAGACAGCUUGGCAGAAAGAACAGAGGAGACAUUACAAAUACUUCAUUCUCCGGAUGAAAUAAUCCCAGAUUCUUUGGAUUCUUUACCUGGGCCUGAAGAAGUGCUAAUGGAAGAGGAGGAAGAAUUCCAGAAAGUAUCUAAAUUAGUAGGAUCUGGAGAAGCUUCCAGUGGAGGACACUCAUUGAAAAACUUCAUGGAAGAAGAUGAAUCCUUAAAGCAACUGCAGGUAGUUCAUCAACCAUGGCUCUUGCCAAGUGACACAGAGAGCGAAGGGCUGGAGGCAGAACCUGAAAAACGUUCUGCUGAUCUUCUUCUUUGUGUUCCAUGCUCUUCUUGUCCUACCCUGAUCUACUCUGCUUAUGAUCAUGGAAGGAAGAAGUUGAAAAUGCCAGCUAUUAGUUGUCCAGCGAUCUGCUGCUUGCUGAAGUACAAGUGCAUGGGUAAAUCUCCUCAGUCAAAACUCGCUGCCUCCAAGACUCUGGCAGUGGCAGUGGUCACAGGUGAACUGAGUCCUGUGGUAGAAGUAAUGAUGUUAAGAGUGAGAUCCAGAGACAAUUACUAA